GCAUUCCUCCCUGUGUUCCCUUUGUUCUUUUAUACAAACAAAGGAACCCUCAUCACAGCCUUUCUUUGCUCUAUGUAAAUCGGAAGGUUUAUAAUAGUUACUAUUAAGGAGAUUAUUUGGGUCCCCUAAUCUCCAAUCUCAGGAUUAACGGACGCUAUAUUGGUGUAUCCAGAUUGUGUGUUUCUUCUACUAGUCCCCUUAAUAGAGGAUGGAAAAUAGAAUUUUUUGUACGAUAGUUUAAGUUUUUAUUGAACUUUUGGUUAGACAAUCUAGUUUGAACAUAGACUCAUCAGAUAAUAAUAACAAGCAUUUCGCUACACCGGCAAUAACAUCUGCUAAAUAUGUGUAUGUGACCAAUAACAUUUGAUUUGAUUUAAGAGGCCUACAUUUUGGUGUGCCUGUUACAAACACGUGUUGACAAACCUCCCCAGAUUAUAUAUUUGUUUUAUUUUUAUUUAGUAGAGAUUUUUCAUUCUGACUAUUAUUUAUUUUGACGUUUUAUAUUUUAAGUAUUAUUUCUUAGUAGUCAACAUUUAGAAUAGUUCAGAAGUGAAGCAAACCUUUUGUGGAAAAUCUCUUACAAUGGAGGAUUCAAAGGUACCCAAGAUUGACCCAGAUUUUGAGCCGCAAAGCAGACCUAGGUCGUGCACAUGGCCGCUCCCCAGACCCGACAUCUCAGCUGUUAAACCGGAUGGGGCAGACGGACCUGAAUCCGCUGCGGGAACUCCGCCCGCCGACGAGGAUAAGCAAGAGCAACAGCAAAUCAUAUGUGAGCCUGAGAAAGUUGUGGUCUCAGAGGGAGGAGUUGUAGCCGGAGUGGGUGGAGCCACGCCCCGAAAGGGAUCAUCCCGGCGCAAUGCAUGGGGGAACCAUUCCUACGCGGACCUGAUUAGUCAGGCAAUUGAGAACUCUCCAGAGAAGCGCUUAACCUUGGCACAGAUAUAUGACUGGAUGGUGAAAACCGUGCCUUACUUCAAAGAUAAAGGAGAUAGCAACAGCUCAGCAGGGUGGAAGAAUUCAAUUCGCCAUAAUUUAUCACUUCACAACAAGUUCCUGAGAGUUCACAAUGAGUCCACAGGCAAAAGUUCCUGGUGGAUGCUCAACCCAGAGGGGGGCAAGACUGGGAAAGCCCCCCGGCGCCGUGCUGCCUCCAUGGACAACAGCAGCAAACUGCUGAAGAGCCGGAUGCGUGCCAAGCAGACCAAGAAGGCAGCAUCAGGCUUGGGCGGGACCACCGGGGGAGACGGCGAUGGCGUCGCGGACAGUCCCAACUCCUCCCAGCAGUUCCCCAAAUGGGGGGUCAACAGCGGCAGCCCCUCAUCCCGCGGUAGCCUAGACGACCCUGACAUGUGGACCAGCUUCCGUCCACGCACCAGCUCCAACGCCAGCACCCUGAGUGGCCGGCUGUCCCCCAUUGGUCCCGGCCAGGAGGAUGAGGAUGACCUGCCUGAGGAAGGUCUACUGGGCUACUCCACGGGCAACCUGCCCCCCACCCUCACCGAGACACUCAUGGAGGAGCUGGACCUGAUCGAUGGCCUGACGCUGAUGACAGAGCAGCAAGGAAGGGCUAGUCCCAGCACGGCCCCCAUGGUGCCUCCCACCCCUCUGCCCUCCGCUUCCACCUUGCUUCCCCGGGGGUCCGGGUUCCCCACAUUCCGUCAGCUGCAGCCACCCAACCUCUCCCAGGCUGCCAAUCAGAUCGGGGGACAGUCCUCAGGCACACAAUCUGGCAACAGUAACAACUCCAAACCCUCAAACUAUGGCAACUCCCUCUUCAACCCUAUGCCUAGCCCCGGCUCCCAUGGGACUGGUCACUAUGGCACCCAUGUAGCCUCCAGCUUGGAGGCGUUGCUCACUUCGGACUCCCCGCCUCCCAGUGAUGUCAUGAUGACCCAGGUGGAUCCGCUUAUGCCCAGUCCGGGUGGAGUGGGGAUGAUGGGCAUGGUGGGAGGGCGGGUCAAGCCCAACCAGCUGUUGCUGGGAAAGGGGCUUGAGCCCAACACUGUGGGACCCAUGGGGAUGCAAUCUCAACUCCAGUCCCAGCUCCAGCAGCAGCACUCUCAGCUGGGCCUGGGCAUGAGCCUGUCGGGCAUGAGCCUGUCAGGCAUGGCCCAGGACUCUCCACAGUUCUCCGGCCUCAAAGCCCAGCAUGCACAGCUGCCAGGUAUGGGGCUUCACCAUGGAGGGGGCCUCUCCGCCAAUGCAGGAGGAGGUCUGCCAGGGAUGGGCCAGUUCGGAACGCCGAGCUGCUUCCUGCCCAAUCAAGACCGCUUGCCCACCGACUUGGAUAUCGAGAUGUUCACAGAGAACUUGGACUGUGACGUUGACUACAUCAUCAACAGCGACCUCAUGGAUGGAGAGGGCAUCGAUUUCAACUUUGACCCCAUAAUCCAGGGAGGGCAAAGCUACUCCGGCCCUGCGACCACGCAGAGCUCCGCCCACAACUGGGUACCCAGCUAACUUCCCAGCAAACCUUGCAGUGUUAGCCAGGAGAUUAAUCAAGAACAUCAUGAAGUCAACAUUUGUCUUUGACUCUUUGUUGCGGGUAAGGAUCCCCAAUCACACAAAACCUCAACGACACUCACAACAAAGAUCACACCUGGUGCAUUCCCAUUCCUCGUCUCCCUAUUGGCUGAAGAUCCGAAGCAAUUUUUUUAAACUUUUGCGUUUGUACUUUUGAGUUUUCUUUGGAUUUAAGGACGAAACCAGACCUCAGACAUCCAUGUCACGUGCCAAUACAAGUGGGUGGUCAGGAGAUCCACCAUACAUGAGACCCCCCCCCAAGACCCCCUAGUAACACUUGCAACUUUUGGGGAGUUUGCCGUAUGUAUUUUCUUGGAGUGUUUUUGAGAGAAGUAUGACAGAAUUUAUUUGGAGUAAAAAGACUAAACACAACAAACAACUCUAAACUACUUGGAGUAAAUAUAACAAUGAAUAUUAUUACUAUACCAAAGUAGUUUUAGGAUUGAUAUGGUACACCUCAUUGAUGUCUUUGAUAUUGAAGGUAAAAUGGACGGGGCACACAGGAAACAUGGCCAGUUUUCGUAUAAAUUGUAGGUGGUGAACGAUUACCGACCACCACCAAUUUAGACAUAAAAUGAAGCUGCUGCAUCUGUAUAUAUGGAGGGAAUGGGGUUCAAACACAAAAACACUCGUCAGUAACUUCCCCAAUGAAAAUAUUGAGAAGUUGCAGCUGGAAUAUGGACGGGUUGGUUGUGUGGCAACAAAACCAACGUGUGAGCCACUAUGGGGCAAAACAGAAAGGGUUGCAGCUGCAUGGGCCCAGGCCCAUCCAAUCAGAUUGAGAGAAAAAAUAAAUGAUAGUAAUCGUCUUUUUACCUAAACAUGCAAACACCAUUAGAUAGAAUUCAUAGCAAGCAAUUUUCGGUCAGUGUUGUUGCCGACUAACCAACCCUCAUUAACCGGUCAACAAAUGGUUACAUUUUUCCCAAACAGUAAAAUGACAUGACCAACAGAAAAUAUCCUCAUAUGCAUGCAUACAAGGAACGGACAUGUUUCAUUGUGAACUUAAUGGAAACAUGCAACAACAGCAAGCCUAUCGUCUUACAGUCAAAAGGCUAUAAUGUCUAUUAUUGAACGUUCAACUCCUGUAAUGAAGCAGCUAAUUAAACCUCCAUUUCAAACAUUUGCCAAAAUGCAAUUCGCAGGAAAACACCGUUCUAAACAGCACACCUAAUGCAAACGGUUCCAUAUGUGACAGAUAUGAAACUUAGAAAGAUGGGGAAUCUAAUAGCAACAACUAAGAUGGUUUGCUAAUAUGACUAGGAUUGUGUCUUUAGGUUCUGGACAACGAAAGAAAGAUAUGAAAACCAAUAGAGCAGUAGAAAAUGAUGGUUAAUGGCAUGAGGAAGUCUUUAUAAAAUAAUAUCUUCCUCCAUGUUUCUAUGGUUGGAUUUUGGCUAGGCUACUUUGAAGCAAGGUAAGACAUGCCUCAUUAUUUAAAGUAAAGUAAAACGAUCAGGUUUCAAACGAUUAUGCUGCCUCAAGCUCACAUUGUAAAGUGGUGGGUGACGCGCUGAUAGCCUGCCUACCGUUGACUAUAGCCUGCCUACCGUUGACUAUAGCAUAUGCACUCAAAUGGCGAAUGGGAGGUGCACUUGAAUUAUGAGUUGAAUUUGAGAAAUAAAAAUUGAUAUUUUUAACCGUGGCCAUCAAAACAGUUAACACGCAAUGACUGGGCUUAUAAAAGCAUAUUUCACUCCAGUACCAGCUUUUUGAGGAGCUACUCUCGCGCUGUCUGACAGGUGGUAGGCUAUUCUGCUCCUCAAACUAGACUCUGUAUGCUGUGCUUGUGAUAACUAAGAAGCAUGACGACUAACAAAAAUACACACACCAAUUUAAUUUCACAAAAUUAUGCAAAUGAACCUAUAGACCGAUAAGCAUGACUGGUCAAAUGUAUUUUCGGCGGCUAACCUAUUAACCGUUAACCGUUAACAUCCCUACAAGAAGUGCACUGGAAUGACAUUCACUCUCAUGGGAUGGGUGGCCAAAAAUAACUAACUGAAAGCCACACUCCCAAUAAGCCAUGAAUAUGACCGCAUUGAGGCAUAUGUCACUGUGCUUCUAUGGCUAUAUGCACUAUAUAAAUGCACCAUACCACUGCCUGCUUUGUUCAUUUAGCAAACAAGACCGCUCAUAAUCCAGUGCCUUUAUCACAGUCAAUACACAUAUUUGAGCUUUAAAAAUGCUAUUUUUUUUCUCUGCCUCAUGACAAAAUGAAUAGAAGUGCUGUAAAUUAGGGGGGGACCAAUUCAUUUCUGGCUACACUACUGCAGGGGUUGGCUUAGAUUGAUGACAACAUGUAAACUAUAUUUAAUUUCCAAAUGUUUAUUGAAAACAUAAAUACAUUUGCACAAUGAGCACUUGUCUCAUAGAUCGUUAAAGUUGUUGAUUAGCUAGCUCAUUUUAGCCAUAUUAGCAUUGACAUGAAAUCAGUCAAAACACAUCAAAACAAGACAUGGUAUCAAGAACAAGAUAAAACUAGCUGAAAUGAGCCACCUACGAUUCCCCACAUGGCAACUUCUUGUCAUUGUUACUAGCCAUCUGACCGUUCAGAAUCAUAACAAAGCUCAGCUUCCGGCCCCAUUGUGUGUCAUUUUCGUGACGCCAGCCAACUUGUAUGACGUAGGCAAAGUGUGAAGAUGUUAAAGAUCAUUGGAUGAGACUGAGUUAAGGAUGCACGAUUUGACAUUGGACUCUGCAGGUUGACCAAACUUAGUUUAGCGUUUGGUCGCUUGAUGGUACGAAACAUGUGCUUUUUGUUUCUUUUUCAUUGAAGAGACUGGAGCUACAAGGUAACUAGGAGUUAUUUUAGUGGUAAUUCAGUAAUUGAACAGUACGGGGUAUGUGAUUAGGGCCGGGACGACACCAGUAUCGCAAUACUCCUUAGUAUCGUGGCAAGGAAAUAAAACACAAAGCAGGUUGAACUUCUUUAUCAAAACUAUCAUUAUGUUAUCAUCCAGAGUCACAUGUAUUUAUUUUCCAAGCUAAAGCACACAAUAUUUUAUAUACAGCAGGUUUUUAAAGGACCAAAGAGUUGGUCUGCUUCGUGUUUUCAUUUUUGCCAUAGAAACAAUAUUGCGACACUGCUAUCGUCCCGGCCACAUAUGUGAUAUGCAUUCACAGUUUGGCAUUCGUGACUCUGCUCAGUGUGUGCUAAAGCUCAGGGUGGAAAUAUCUUUGGGGGAGUAUUUUUUUUCUCUCCUGAUGUGCAAUUUCACCAACAAUAUGAAGAAAUGUGAAUUGUGAACUUUUUACAGGGGGCAUUCAAAGGUCAUUUUAUUUGCCAACAAUUGAUUUGGUUGGCCAAGUGUUAUAUCAUUGAAAACAGUAUUCCUCCACUGCUGUAUGGGCCACUUGAAGGUUUUGCAGAACCGUGUUGUGUUUCAAGGCACUUGGGAGUAUUCCUGUCAGGUGGCAAGCACACUGAAAUGGCAAAAGAAGAGCCGAAAUCCAAGUUAGGUUGAAUCAUUUCAUCAGAGGAGGAAGGUUGUAUACGUGCUAUGCACAUAGACAUGACAUGCUAUGCAGAUCAAUCAGGAGAACUAAAAAUAAGUCUUGAAGGAAAUUAAGAUCUCCUUUUGAAGGUUUUGUUAUUUAAUGUUUUCCUUAAAUGUUAUAUCGCUUUAAGUAAGGGAAACCGGGGCUUCAUGUGGGAAUCAUUUCUCACUAAUUACACUUUGUUAUACAUUACUAACCGUCUUUUUUAUGAAAUUAAUACAAUGUGUGAAGUAAAAAAAUACAUAUAUUUGACUAUAGUUUAAUAUACAAUUUAGAUGGAGGUUAUAAGUGAAAUAUUAAUAUAUUACUAAUCAGGAAAAAAAGUAGUUUUUUUUUUAAAUUGGAGAAACUAUUUCAAAGAUCAUUUUUAACAGUCAUUUUCUAUAUAUUCUUUUAUUUUUGUAAAAGAUGAGAUGCAUGUAGAUUUUAUACAUAACCAAAGGAACACUAAGAAUUGCAUGGCAGAUAAGGGGGUGCUUGGGACAAUGUAUUUCAGUGCAGAUAAGCUUUGCAAGUGGAGCCUGUUCAAAGACCUGCCAUUUUAACAAAUGACAAGGCAGGUGAGGUGAGGCAAAGUGGAUGCGUGGACCAGUAUAACUUUAUUUUCCAAAUUGACUUGCCACUUAUUUAGUUCAUUUGACUUGACUAUUGUGAAAUUUAAAUACAAAUAAAAACCUCACAUGAAAUGUACACAAUGGAGGACAUUUUGCUUUCAGCAGUGAUCUCUCAGGGUCAUUCAAAAAUAAUAACAAUGGAAACAUCUUCCUUAAGGGGGUAAUCAGAUAAUCAUCAGAAUAACAACAUUUAUUUAAGGUGAAUUUCUUUGUUAAAAUACAAGAUUGUAAACCAACAGCCCCUCGUGUUCUGCCGUUUUCUUGAUAUGGCAUCCUUGACACAAGUGUCUUGGAUUCAAGCCACUUUCAAUUUAACACUUUAAAAUACAAAUUCUAAUUUUACUGUAAGACGGAAGUAUACAAGAUAUCUUUAGUCAUAUAUCAUAAUAAUAGUCUCGUUCGAGGUUGUUAAACUGCCAAUAUUGAACACUAGAACAUGUUACUCAAUAGCAAGAUGCACCAUGUCAUUUUACAAAAAAAUGUUUCUUUCCUUUUGAAGAUGUGUUUUGUGUUAGGCGGAAGUUUGUAUUUAAGUAUUUGUUCAUGUCAGAAAAAAGGUUAUCGUUUAUUGUAAAGUUUUUUUUGUGUUGACCAGUUUUUCAUCUGAAAUGCAUCCUAGAUGGAGUUUUACAUGAUUGUUAAUAAUGUCACUGUAACCAUGUGAAUACAUUAGCUUUUAAUUUGUAUAAAGCACCCGUUUUCUCACAAAGAUUUUCCUAUUGAUCGGUGCUAGUUGUCAUUUAUGACAUACAUUAAGAUGGCCGUAAUGUAAAUGGUGCAUAUUUACAUCACUUUAGGGCCUUGAAUCAUUUGUAUGCAUCACACAAAUGGAUAUCUUGAGUGAGUAUAAAGGUAUUGAUUAGUUAAAGGUCCAAUGCAGCCAUUUACAAUUAAGUACCUUACUGUGAUUGUUUUUUUCUCUCAAUUAAAACAGUAAAAAAAUAAAUAAAAUAAAAAAUUGCUUCUUAAUUUCUCAAGCAAGAAUUUUGCUUGGACCGCCUGUGAGUGGUGGGGAGGAUAAAAGUGAAAACUAGCUGUUAUUGGCAGAGUUUGAGUUUGGAACUCUCUUUCUUAUUGGUGUAUACUAAUGUCACCAGGCAGGUCAAAACCCCAUCCCACCAAGAGGCAGUCAUUCAAAUCUUUUCAAACAGCUUUUACACUGAAAGGGUAUAUCACAACCUCAUAGUGUGAAAAUAUUUGUAAAACACAGGAAAUCAAGUUAUUUACUGCACUGGGCCUUUAAAGAAACAAACCUUUAUUAGUAUUUUUGUUAUAUACACUGCUCCAAAAAAUAAAGGGAACACUAAAAUAACACA